AUGUCUUAUAAUCCGCGCAUGAGCCUUGCUCCCAGCUCACAGCAACAAAAUCGAGGCAAAAAGAAGGAGGAAGAGAGUGAUUCGUUCAUGCGCCUGCCCGACAAAGAAAUUGCAGGAUGCAUCAGCGAUAUAGGUGUACCAUUUUCUGCAGCAGACCUGUUAAAGCCCAAUCCUCUUCAAAUCCAAAUGAUCUUCGAAUGGUUUGCAGAGCUGCUCAUGAACACGACUCGCGAUACAGUUGAUCCUGCUAUGCGUGCAGCUUCCGAAGACGUGUGUGCAGACUAUCCAGACAUAGUUCCGGCGGAAACUAGGAAUCUCAUGGGUUUCUAUGUUAGUUUACGCAAGUUGCUAUUUGAAUGUGGCAUUACGGAUUUCUCGUUUCAAGAUUUAUACAAGCCAACACACGAUCGCCUAGUGAAAAUAUUCUCUUACAUCAUCAACUUUGUACGAUUUAGAGAAAGUCAAACACAGGUUAUCGAUGAACACUUCAACAAGGCCGAGACUACAAAGGUUCGAAUCGAGACGCUAUAUAUGGAAAACCAAGAGAUGGAAAGCCGCUUGGAUGAGUUAAAACGGAACCGCAGGGCAAUGGAGGUCCAUAUUUCUGAAAAAGUUAAGCGUAAUGAAGAGCUGAAAAAGAGGCUCUUAGAAUUGCGCCAAAGCCAAGACAAAAUGGCACGACGAUUUGAAGGACUCACUAAAAAGAAGAAGGAGAUGACUGCCAUUUUGGAGGAGAAAACUGCCGCGACUAUCGAAUUGCGACAAGAAAGCUCAAAGUUACAACCAUAUGUAUCUCAGUCACCAGCUGCUCUGCAAGCGUCAUUAACAGACUUGAGCCACGCACUAAACACAGACAAGUCGCAAAUCGAUGCCUUGGAUCGACGGGCACGAGCAUUGCAGACUUCAACCGAUACAUUUACAGUAGUCUCUGCAGAUGUAGUGUCGUGUACAAAACUUUUGGAAGAGAUUUCGAUCGAAUUAGCAAAGGAGGAAGAUGAAAAUGUGAAAGUGGCGAGACAACGAGACGCACUUGGUGAAAGAGGAAACAAUGUUCGUGAAGUGGAGAGAACUGAGGCUUUGCUACAGCGACAAUUGUCGAAACAUCUUGAACGAACAGAGAAAUUGAGAGAUGGUAGCAAAGCAAAGGCUAUGAGUGCUAAGGAGAGGAUGGAAGAAUUGCGGGCCGUGCAUAGAAAGCUCACAGAAGAGAGAAACGAAAAAGGCAGGGAGAUGGAGAGGAGGAAAGUAAGGAUAGAGCAGACGGAGAAAAAGAUGGCGGAUUUGAAAGAAAACAUUGAGAAUGAGAUACAUAGUGCGCAUGACGAAUUCUUGAAGAUGGACUCGCAUAUUAAGCUAUACAUCACGGAAAUGGAGCAGUCUAUUUGAUAUGGGGUUAACGCUUUUGGAUUUCAUGUUGGACUAGCGAUCAUGACAUGCAUGCUGAUGAAUUGGUAUUAAAGGUUGGGGGGCUGGUGGCGUUUGGGUAUACCUAUUGAUAUAUGAUGAUAAUGGCUUCCAAGCAAAUGUGUUCCUUUCUCUGUUUAUAGACCACUAUGUACGAUGACUCCAUUCUGCAUUUUCGAAAUCAAACCAUCUUGCGAAUAUCUGGCCAACCUCUAUGGUUCUCCCACUCCAACCGCGAUCUUCACUCUCUAACCCAGUGCGCCUCACACUUCCAUUGAGCAUCGGAACAUGUUCAUCCCACACCUUCCGGGUUCUAUUGUCUCGUCCUAUGUUCUCACCUGAAUCAAACCCAUUUCUGUCAUUGGUUGGACCAGCAAUGUCUUCAUUGCCAUCGCCAUCCACUUCCAUUGACUCACUACUUUCUAUUUUCCUAUCCCUCUCUUCUAAACACACCACCACCCUCUUGUCCCUUCCACCAAUUUCAACCAGGCCCGCCAAACUCCUAUUUAAACCCUGCGCACUCCACUCACUUGUAUCCCUAUGUAAGUCUAUCAAUCCAUAUACAACAAUCAUCGCCCUUUUUCUACCCACCUUGUCCCACUUUGGAUCUGGUGGAGCUCCGAUCUUUGAAGCUGCAUCUGGGGAAAGGACAGAGAGAUGGGCGCGCAAAUGAGAGAUCGUGGGAAUAUAAAUUAUAGAUAUAUGACGUGAGAGGGAGACCUGGUGUAGAGUCUUGAUGAGGAGUGAGUGAGAGGGCGUUUGAGGCUGCGCGUCGCUAGUCGCUGGAUUGGGGGGAGAGGAGGGUAUGUCGAUGGGUGAAGAUGGUAAUGGUGGAGUGCUCGAGGUGACAUCUGCGAGAAGGGAGGAGAUGAACGCGGCGCGAGGUUUGCAAAUCAAGAUAGUGGUAGGAUAAGCACCAUGAUUCAAUAUCCAAGUCAAGAGUUCGGAAGGAAGAGCCGGCGGUAGUGUGAUAUACAAGGGUGACAUUUCGAGCGCAGUGAAGUUGUCGUUCUUUGAUUUUGGGCGCGAUAAUGGUAGUCGAUCUAGAGAAUUGAACUACAAUUAGUGCUGAAUGUUAAUGAUCCAUAGUAAACGUAUUCCCCGAGAUCUGUACCACGAGAAUUAAGUCAUCGACAACACAUAUAUGGACAAUAACAAGUGGUGAUAAAAA